AUGGCUUCCUUACGCAUCGGCUUUGUGCCUGAACACUUUUCAACCCCACUUGAAUUUGCGAAGCAGUACUUUGGCCUGGAGGCACAGCUCCUCCCAUACCCCUCAGGUACUGGCCACAUGGUGACAGCCAUCCAAGCUGGUGAAAUUGACAUUGGCGUUGGUCUUACCGAAGGCUGGAUUGCAGCCAUCGGAAAAGCCCAGGCAGCCAAGCAAGACGCUGGCUUCAGUGUGGUCGGUACCUACGUUGAGACGCCACUAUGCUGGGCCAUCUCUACCGGAGCAAAGAGGGAGUUGGAAGGAAUCAAAGAUCUAAAGGGCAAGAAAGUUGGUGUUUCAAGGAUUGGCAGUGGCAGCUAUGUCAUGAGCUUUGUCCUUGCCGACCAACAAGGUUGGUUGGACACUUCAUCUGGCAACCCGCCCUUUCCAGUCGAAGUCCUAAACACCUUUGCCAAUCUCCGCGACGGUGUCAACAACAGUACCGCCGACUUCUUCAUGUGGGAGCACUUUACCUCGAAGAAGUACUACGACAACGGGGAGAUCAAGCGCAUCGGCGAGAUCUACACGCCCUGGUCGUCGUGGAAGAUCGUCGCUGCCAACAAACUUUUGCAACCAAAGAAUGGCAGCAACUCCCCACUCACCCCUGAGCUGGAAGAUGUCUUGGACAAGAUCAACAAGGGUGUCAAGCACUUUGAGGCAAACCAGGAAGAGGCCGUGAAAUACAUUAGCACCAAGCUCGAUUACUCGGAGGAGGAUGCGAGGGAGUGGCUGAAGACUGUUCGCUUUGCCAAGGACGUCAAGGGCGUGGAGAAACAGGUUGUUGAUAAGACUGUGGGAAUCUUGCAGAAGGCUGGCGUCUUGGGUGCCGAGGUCGAUACACCGGCCAUGAUCGGACUCGAGCGUGCACCGCAGUGA